AUGAAUGUUCUCGAAGCAACACGCCUCGGCGUGAUCGGAAUGUUUUUGUCUUCGGCCGCCUUGGCUGACGGGCAUCUGAACGAAAUGGGACCUGAGGAAUUGCUUCCACUUGCCCAGGCUGAAGGCAAGGUGACCGUCUAUUCCUUCACCAGCCGGAUAGGUAAGGUAGAGGCCGCGUUUGAAGAGGCCUAUCCAGAUAUCGACCUGCAAGGUUUCGACAUUUCGUCAACGGAACAGAUCGCACGUCUCCAGGCGGAAUCGCAGGCCGGUGUCACCAACGCCGACGUUAUCUAUAUCUCGGAUACACCUGUCGUGCUGACGGAGCUUCUUGAGACCGGCAUCAUCGCGCCCUUCGUGCCGCCACGCAUAGCCGACCGUGUUCCCUCGGAAUAUCAAUCGCCGUUGUUGGCGCAACGUUUGUCAACCAAAGUGCUGAUGUACAACGAAGAAGCCAAUCCGGACGGUGCACCGGUCACAAACCUGUGGCAACUGACAACCGGUGACUGGCGCGGUCGUGUGGUCAUGGUCGAUCCCUUGCAAAGAGGCGACUACCUCGAUCUGAUGACAGAAAUCGUUUUGCGUUCCGACGCUAUGGCCGCUGCCUAUGAAGACCAGUUCGGAAAAGCAAUCGAGCUGGGAGAUGCUGCCAAUGCCGGUGAAAAAUUCAUCAUGGAUCUGUUUGCAAAUGAUGUGAUCCUUGUCGGCUCCACCGAUGAUGUGAAUGUCGCCGUGGGCGCAAAGGGUCAGGAAAGCCCGCCGGUGGGUUUUACCAGCUAUUCCGACCGCCGGGACAACGAGGAAGAAGGCUGGGCCCUUCAGGUGGCCAACAGCGUCAAGCCUGCACCGGGUAUCAUCUUUCCGGCAGUGCUUGCUCUGGCCGCAGAGCCUAACAACCCUGCUGCAGCUCGGCUCGUGAUCGACUUCCUGAUGGGAGAUGAAAGUGAAACCGGUGGUGCAGGCCUCGCACCGUUUUAUGUUGCCGGCGAUUAUGUGACCCGCACUGAUAUACCGCCUCACCCCGACGCCGUAUCACUGAACGAUUUCACUGCUUGGCGGAUUGCGCCGCAUGAGACCGCCAAGAUCAGAUCCGAGAUCGGAGACCUGAUCCUGACACUGCAGUAA